AUGUUGGGGUGGGUGGGGCUGAGGCAAGAUCAGGAGACGGAGAGAGAGGGGCCGAACACUGCGGUCCCUCAAGGGGAUGGGACUGGCAGGGAGAAGGUGCCUUCGUUCCUCGCCUCCUCCCACUCUACCCACAGUCGCUCCGCCUUUUCCCAGGGUGGGAAAUGGCAUCUGGGUGGGGGUUUGGGUGGGCGAGGGGCUAUGGGUGGGGGCAUGGAAGUGGGCGGGAGAGACAGCGGCAGCAGCGAUGGAGCGAAGGCACUUGAGAAGCGAGCAGCGGAACUCGUGCGCGCCCUGCCACAUGUGGCUGGCAAGCGGCACACAUCCCACAGGUGGCACCUGGGCAAGAUGGGUGAGAUGGGCAGGAUGGGUGAGAUGAGAGGGAUGGGUGAGAUGGGCGGGAUGGGUGAGAUGGGCGGGAUGGGUGAGAUGGGCGGGAUGGGUGAGAUGGGCGGGAUGGGUGAGAUGGGCAGGAUGGGUGAGAUGGGCGGGAUGGGUGAGAUGGGCAAGAUGGGUGAGAUGGGCGGGAUGGGUGAGAUGGGCGGGAUGGGUGAGAUGGGCAAGAUGGGUGAGAUGGGCGGGAUGGGUGAGAUGGGCGGGAUGGGUGAGAUGGGCGGGAUGGGUGAGAUGGGCGGGAUGGGUGAGAUGGGCAAGAUGGGUGAGAUGGGCAGGAUGGGUGAGAUGGGCGGGAUGGGUGAGAUGGGCAAGAUGGGUGAGAUGGGCGGGAUGGGUGAGAUGGGCAGGAUGGGUGAGAUGGGCGGGAUGGGUGAGAUGGGCAAGAUGGGUGAGAUGGGCGGGAUGGGUGAGAUGGGCGGGAUGGGUGAGAUGGGCAAGAUGGGUGAGAUGGGCGGGAUGGAUGAGAUGGGCGGGAUGGGUGAGAUGGGCGGGAUGGGUGAGAUGGGCGGGAUGGGUGAGAUGGGCAAGAUGGGUGAGAUGGGCAGGAUGGGUGAGAUGGGCGGGAUGGGUGAGAUGGGCAAGAUGGGUGAGAUGGGCGGGAUGGGUGAGAUGGGCAAGAUGGGUGAGAUGGGCAGGAUGGGUGAGAUGGGCGGGAUGGGUGAGAUGGGCAAGAUGGGUGAGAUGGGCGGGAUGGGUGAGAUGGGCGGGAUGGGUGAGAUGGGCAAGAUGGGUGAGAUGGGCGGGAUGGGUGAGAUGGGCGGGAUGGGUGAGAUGGGCGGGAUGGGUGAGAUGGGCGGGAUGGGUGAGAUGGGCAAGAUGGGUGAGAUGGGCAGGAUGGGUGAGAUGGGCGGGAUGGGUGAGAUGGGCAAGAUGGGUGAGAUGGGCGGGAUGGGUGAGAUGGGCAGGAUGGGUGAGAUGGGCGGGAUGGGUGAGAUGGGCAAGAUGGGUGAGAUGGGCGGGAUGGGUGAGAUGGGCGGGAUGGGUGAGAUGGGCGUGAUGGGUGAGAUGGGCAAGAUGGGUGAGAUGGGCGGGAUGGGUGAGAUGGGCGGGAUGGGUGAGAUGGGCGGGAUGGGUGAAAUGGGCGGGAUGGGUGAGAUGGGCAAGAUGGGUGAGAUGGGCAGGAUGGGUGAGAUGGGCGGGAUGGGUGAGAUGGGCAAGAUGGGUGAGAUGGGCGGGAUGGGUGAGAUGGGCAAGAUGGGUGAGAUGGGCAGGAUGGGUGAGAUGGGCGGGAUGGGUGAGAUGGGCAAGAUGGGUGAGAUGGGCGGGAUGGGUGAGAUGGGCGGGAUGGGUGAGAUGGGCAAGAUGGGUGAGAUGGGCAGGAUGGGUGAGAUGGGCGGGAUGGGUGAGAUGGGCGGGAUGGGUGAGAUGGGCGGGAUGGGUGAGAUGGGCAAGAUGGGUGAGAUGGGCAGGAUGGGUGAGAUGGGCGGGAUGGGUGAGAUGGGCAAGAUGGGUGAGAUGGGCGGGAUGGGUGAGAUGGGCAAGAUGGGUGAGAUGGGCGGGAUGGGUGCGAUGGGCAAGAUGGGUGAGAUGGGCAAGAUGGGUGAGAUGGGCAGGAUGGGUGAGAUGGGCGGGAUGGGUGAGAUGGGCAAGAUGGGUGAGAUGGGCGGGAUGGGUGAGAUGGGCAAGAUGGGUGAGAUGGGCAGGAUGGGUGAGAUGGGCGGGAUGGGUGAGAUGGGCAAGAUGGGUGAGCUGGGUGGGAUGGGUGAGAUGGGCGGGAUGGGUGAGAUGGGCAAGAUGGGUGAGAUGGGCGGGAUGGGUGAGAUGGGCGGGAUGGGUGAGAUGGGCGGGAUGGGUGAGAUGGGCGGGAUGGGUGAGAUGGGCAAGAUGGGUGAGAUGGGCAGGAUGGGUGAGAUGGGCGGGAUGGGUGAGAUGGGCAAGAUGGGUGAGAUGGGCGGGAUGGGUGAGAUGGGCAGGAUGGGUGAGAUGGGCGGGAUGGGUGAGAUGGGCAAGAUGGGUGAGAUGGGCGGGAUGGGUGAGAUGGGCGGGAUGGGUGAGAUGGGCAAGAUGGGUGAGAUGGGCGGGAUGGGUGAGAUGGGCGGGAUGUGUGAGAUGGGCGGGAUGGGUGAGAUGGGCGGGAUGGGUGAGAUGGGCAAGAUGGGUGAGAUGGGCAGGAUGGGUGAGAUGGGCGGGAUGGGUGAGAUGGGCAAGAUUGGUGAGAUGGGCGGGAUGGGUGAGAUGGGCGGGAUGGGUGAGAUGGGCAAGAUGGGUGAGAUGGGCGGGAUGGGUGAGAUGGGCGGGAUGGGUGAGAUGGGCAAGAUGGGUGAGAUGGGCGGGAUGGGUGAGAUGGGCGGGAUGGGUGAGAUGGGCGGGAUGGGUGAGAUGGGCGGGAUGGGUGAGAUGGGCAAGAUGGGUGAGAUGGGCAGGAUGGGUGAGAUGGGCGGGAUGGGUGAGAUGGGCAAGAUGGGUGAGAUGGGCGGGAUGGGUGAGAUGGGCAAGAUGGGUGAGAUGGGCGGGAUGGGUGAGAUGGGCGGGAUGGGUGAGAUGGGCGGGAUGGGUGAGAUGGGCAAGAUGGGUGAGAUGGGCAGGAUGGGUGAGAUGGGCGGGAUGGGUGAGAUGGGCAAGAUGGGUGAGAUGGGCGGGAUGGGUGAGAUGGGCAGGAUGGGUGAGAUGGGCGGGAUGGGUGAGAUGGGCAAGAUGGGUGAGAUGGGCGGGAUGGGUGAGAUGGGCGGGAUGGGUGAGAUGGGCAAGAUGGGUGAGAUGGGCGGGAUGGGUGAGAUGGGCGGGAUGGGUGAGAUGGGCAAGAUGGGUGAGAUGGGCGGGAUGGGUGAGAUGGGCGGGAUGUGUGAGAUGGGCGGGAUGGGUGAGAUGGGCGGGAUGGGUGAGAUGGGCAAGAUGGGUGAGAUGGGCAGGAUGGGUGAGAUGGGCGGGAUGGGUGAGAUGGGCAAGAUGGGUGAGAUGGGCGGGAUGGGUGAGAUGGGCGGGAUGGGUGAGAUGGGCGGGAUGGGUGAGAUGGGCGGGAUGGGUGAGAUGGGCGGGAUGGGUGAGCUGGGCAAGAUGGGUGAGCUGGGCGGGAUGGGUGAGAUGGGCGGGAUGGGUGAGAUGGGCAAGAUGGGUGAGAUGGGCGGGAUGGGUGAGAUGGGCGGGAUGGGUGAGAUGGGCGGGAUGGGUGAGAUGGGCGGGAUGGGUGAGAUGGGCAAGAUGGGUGAGAUGGGCAGGAUGGGUGAGAUGGGCGGGAUGGGUGAGAUGGGCAAGAUGGGUGAGAUGGGCGGGAUGGGUGAGAUGGGCAGGAUGGGUGAGAUGGGCGGGAUGGGUGAGAUGGGCGGGAUGGGUGAGAUGGGCGGGAUGGGUGAGAUGGGCGGGAUGGGUGAGAUGGGCAAGAUGGGUGAGAUGGGCGGGAUGGGUGAGAUGGGCGGGAUGGGUGAGAUGGGCGGGAUGGGUGAGAUGGGCGGGAUGGGUGAGAUGGGCAGGAUGGGUGAGAUGGGCGGGAUGGGUGAGAUGGGCAAGAUGGGUGAGAUGGGCGGGAUGGGUGAGAUGGGCAAGAUGGGUGAGAUGGGCGGGAUGGGUGAGAUGGGCGGGAUGGGUGAGAUGGGCAAGAUGGGUGAGAUGGGCGGGAUGGGUGAGAUGGGCGGGAUGGGUGAGAUGGGCGGGAUGGGUGAGAUGGGCGGGAUGGGUGAGAUGGGCGGGAUGGGUGAGAUGGGCAGGAUGGGUGAGAUGGGCGGGAUGGGUGAGAUGGGCGGGAUGGGUGAGAUGGGCAAGAUGGGUGAGAUGGGCAGGAUGGGUGAGAUGGGCGGGAUGGGUGAGAUGGGCAAGAUGGGUGAGAUGGGCGGGAUGGGUGAGAUGGGCAAGAUGGGUGAGAUGGGCAAGAUGGGUGAGAUGGGCAGGAUGGGUGAGAUGGGCGGGAUGGGUGAGAUGGGCAAGAUGGGUGAGAUGGGCGGGAUGGGUGAGAUGGGCAAGAUGGGUGAGAUGGGCAGGAUGGGUGAGAUGGGCGGGAUGGGUGAGAUGGGCAAGAUGGGUGAGCUGGGCGGGAUGGGUGAGAUGGGCGGGAUGGGUGAGAUGGGCAAGAUGGGUGAGAUGGGCGGGAUGGGUGAGAUGGGCGGGAUGGGUGAGAUGGGCGGGAUGGGUGAGAUGGGCGGGAUGGGUGAGAUGGGCAAGAUGGGUGAGAUGGGCAGGAUGGGUGAGAUGGGCGGGAUGGGUGAGAUGGGCAAGAUGGGUGAGAUGGGCGGGAUGGGUGAGAUGGGCAGGAUGGGUGAGAUGGGCGGGAUGGGUGAGAUGGGCAAGAUGGGUGAGAUGGGCGGGAUGGGUGAGAUGGGCGGGAUGGGUGAGAUGGGCAAGAUGGGUGAGAUGGGCGGGAUGGGUGAGAUGGGCAAGAUGGGUGAGAUGGGCGGGAUGGGUGAGAUGGGCGGGAUGGGUGAGAUGGGCAAGAUGGGUGAGAUGGGCGGGAUGGGUGAGAUGGGCGGGAUGGGUGAGAUGGGCAAGAUGGGUGAGAUGGGCAGGAUGGGUGAGAUGGGCGGGAUGGGUGAGAUGGGCGGGAUGGGUGAGAUGGGCGGGAUGGGUGAGAUGGGCAAGAUGGGUGAGAUGGGCAGGAUGGGUGAGAUGGGCGGGAUGGGUGAGAUGGGCAAGAUGGGUGAGAUGGGCGGGAUGGGUGAGAUGGGCAAGAUGGGUGAGAUGGGCGGGAUGGGUGAGAUGGGCAAGAUGGGUGAGAUGGGCAAGAUGGGUGAGAUGGGCAGGAUGGGUGAGAUGGGCGGGAUGGGUGAGAUGGGCAAGAUGGGUGAGAUGGGCGGGAUGGGUGAGAUGGGCAAGAUGGGUGAGAUGGGCAGGAUGGGUGAGAUGGGCGGGAUGGGUGAGAUGGGCAAGAUGGGUGAGCUGGGCGGGAUGGGUGAGAUGGGCGGGAUGGGUGAGAUGGGCAAGAUGGGUGAGAUGGGCGGGAUGGGUGAGAUGGGCGGGAUGGGUGAGAUGGGCGGGAUGGGUGAGAUGGGCGGGAUGGGUGAGAUGGGCAAGAUGGGUGAGAUGGGCAGGAUGGGUGAGAUGGGCGGGAUGGGUGAGAUGGGCAAGAUGGGUGAGAUGGGCGGGAUGGGUGAGAUGGGCAGGAUGGGUGAGAUGGGCGGGAUGGGUGAGAUGGGCAAGAUGGGUGAGAUGGGCGGGAUGGGUGAGAUGGGCGGGAUGGGUGAGAUGGGCAAGAUGGGUGAGAUGGGCGGGAUGGGUGAGAUGGGCGGGAUGUGUGAGAUGGGCGGGAUGGGUGAGAUGGGCGGGAUGGGUGAGAUGGGCAAGAUGGGUGAGAUGGGCAGGAUGGGUGAGAUGGGCGGGAUGGGUGAGAUGGGCAAGAUGGGUGAGAUGGGCGGGAUGGGUGAGAUGGGCGGGAUGGGUGAGAUGGGCAAGAUGGGUGAGAUGGGCGGGAUGGGUGAGAUGGGCGGGAUGGGUGAGAUGGGCAAGAUGGGUGAGAUGGGCGGGAUGGGUGAGAUGGGCGGGAUGGGUGAGAUGGGCGGGAUGGGUGAGAUGGGCGGGAUGGGUGAGAUGGGCAAGAUGGGUGAGAUGGGCAGGAUGGGUGAGAUGGGCGGGAUGGGUGAGAUGGGCAAGAUGGGUGAGAUGGGCGGGAUGGGUGAGAUGGGCAAGAUGGGUGAGAUGGGCGGGAUGGGUGAGAUGGGCGGGAUGGGUGAGAUGGGCGGGAUGGGUGAGAUGGGCAAGAUGGGUGAGAUGGGCAGGAUGGGUGAGAUGGGCGGGAUGGGUGAGAUGGGCAAGAUGGGUGAGAUGGGCGGGAUGGGUGAGAUGGGCAGGAUGGGUGAGAUGGGCGGGAUGGGUGAGAUGGGCAAGAUGGGUGAGAUGGGCGGGAUGGGUGAGAUGGGCGGGAUGGGUGAGAUGGGCAAGAUGGGUGAGAUGGGCGGGAUAGGUGAGAUGGGCGGGAUGUGUGAGAUGGGCGGGAUGGGUGAGAUGGGCGGGAUGGGUGAGAUGGGCAAGAUGGGUGAGAUGGGCAGGAUGGGUGAGAUGGGCGGGAUGGGUGAGAUGGGCAAGAUGGGUGAGAUGGGCGGGAUGGGUGAGAUGGGCGGGAUGGGUGAGAUGGGCGGGAUGGGUGAGAUGGGCGGGAUGGGUGAGAUGGGCGGGAUGGGUGAGCUGGGCAAGAUGGGUGAGCUGGGCGGGAUGGGUGAGAUGGGCGGGAUGGGUGAGAUGGGCAAGAUGGGUGAGAUGGGCGGGAUGGGUGAGAUGGGCGGGAUGGGUGAGAUGGGCAGGAUGGGUGAGAUGGGCGGGAUGGGUGAGAUGGGCAAGAUGGGUGAGAUGGGCAGGAUGGGUGAGAUGGGCGGGAUGGGUGAGAUGGGCAAGAUGGGUGAGAUGGGCGGGAUGGGUGAGAUGGGCAGGAUGGGUGAGAUGGGCGGGAUGGGUGAGAUGGGCGGGAUGGGUGAGAUGGGCGGGAUGGGUGAGAUGGGCGGGAUGGGUGAGAUGGGCAAGAUGGGUGAGAUGGGCGGGAUGGGUGAGAUGGGCGGGAUGGGUGAGAUGGGCGGGAUGGGUGAGAUGGGCGGGAUGGGUGAGAUGGGCAGGAUGGGUGAGAUGGGCGGGAUGGGUGAGAUGGGCAAGAUGGGUGAGAUGGGCGGGAUGGGUGAGAUGGGCAAGAUGGGUGAGAUGGGCGGGAUGGGUGAGUUGGGCGGGAUGGGUGAGAUGGGCAAGAUGGGUGAGAUGGGCGGGAUGGGUGAGAUGGGCGGGAUGGGUGAGAUGGGCGGGAUGGGUGAGAUGGGCGGGAUGGGUGAGAUGGGCGGGAUGGGUGAGAUGGGCAAGAUGGGUGAGAUGGGCAGGAUGGGUGAGAUGGGCGGGAUGGGUGAGAUGGGCAAGAUGGGUGAGAUGGGCGGGAUGGGUGAGAUGGGCAAGAUGGGUGAGAUGGGCGGGAUGGGUGAGAUGGGCGGGAUGGGUGAGAUGGGCGGGAUGGGUGAGAUGGGCAAGAUGGGUGAGAUGGGCAGGAUGGGUGAGAUGGGCGGGAUGGGUGAGAUGGGCAAGAUGGGUGAGAUGGGCGGGAUGGGUGAGAUGGGCAGGAUGGGUGAGAUGGGCGCGAUGGGUGAGAUGGGCAAGAUGGGUGAGAUGGGCGGGAUGGGUGAGAUGGGCGGGAUGGGUGAGAUGGGCGGGAUGGGUGAGAUGGGCGGGAUGGGUGAGAUGGGCAAGAUGGGUGAGAUGGGCAGGAUGGGUGAGAUGGGCGGGAUGGGUGAGAUGGGCAAGAUGGGUGAGAUGGGCGGGAUGGGUGAGAUGGGCAGGAUGGGUGAGAUGGGCGGGAUGGGUGAGAUGGGCAAGAUGGGUGAGAUGGGCGGGAUGGGUGAGAUGGGCGGGAUGGGUGAGAUGGGCAAGAUGGGUGAGAUGGGCGGGAUGGGUGAGAUGGGCGGGAUGUGUGAGAUGGGCGGGAUGGGUGAGAUGGGCGGGAUGGGUGAGAUGGGCAAGAUGGGUGAGAUGGGCAGGAUGGGUGAGAUGGGCGGGAUGGGUGAGAUGGGCAAGAUGGGUGAGAUGGGCGGGAUGGGUGAGAUGGGCGGGAUGGGUGAGAUGGGCAAGAUGGGUGAGAUGGGCGGGAUGGGUGAGAUGGGCGGGAUGGGUGAGAUGGGCAAGAUGGGUGAGAUGGGCGGGAUGGGUGAGAUGGGCGGGAUGUGUGAGAUGGGCGGGAUGGGUGAGAUGGGCGGGAUGGGUGAGAUGGGCAAGAUGGAUGGGCGGGAUGGUGAGAUGGGCAAGAUGGGUGAGAUGGGCGGGAUGGGUGAGAUGGGCGGGAUGGGUGAGAUGGGCAAGAUGGGUGAGAUGGGCGGGAUGGGUGAGAUGGGCGGGAUGGGUGAGAUGGGCGGGAUGGGUGAGAUGGGCGGGAUGGGUGAGAUGGGCGGGAUGGGUGAGAUGGGCAAGAUGGGUGAGAUGGGCAGGAUGGGUGAGAUGGGCGGGAUGGGUGAGAUGGGCAAGAUGGGUGAGAUGGGCGGGAUGGGUGAGAUGGGCAGGAUGGGUGAGAUGGGCGGGAUGGGUGAGAUGGGCAAGAUGGGUGAGAUGGGCGGGAUGGGUGAGAUGGGCGGGAUGGGUGAGAUGGGCAAGAUGGGUGAGAUGGGCGGGAUAGGUGAGAUGGGCGGGAUGUGUGAGAUGGGCGGGAUGGGUGAGAUGGGCGGGAUGGGUGAGAUGGGCAAGAUGGGUGAGAUGGGCAGGAUGGGUGAGAUGGGCGGGAUGGGUGAGAUGGGCAAGAUGGGUGAGAUGGGCGGGAUGGGUGAGAUGGGCGGGAUGGGUGAGAUGGGCGGGAUGGGUGAGAUGGGCGGGAUGGGUGAGAUGGGCGGGAUGGGUGAGCUGGGCAAGAUGGGUGAGCUGGGCGGGAUGGGUGAGAUGGGCGGGAUGGGUGAGAUGGGCAAGAUGGGUGAGAUGGGCGGGAUGGGUGAGAUGGGCGGGAUGGGUGAGAUGGGCAGGAUGGGUGAGAUGGGCGGGAUGGGUGAGAUGGGCAAGAUGGGUGAGAUGGGCAGGAUGGGUGAGAUGGGCGGGAUGGGUGAGAUGGGCAAGAUGGGUGAGAUGGGCGGGAUGGGUGAGAUGGGCAGGAUGGGUGAGAUGGGCGGGAUGGGUGAGAUGGGCGGGAUGGGUGAGAUGGGCGGGAUGGGUGAGAUGGGCGGGAUGGGUGAGAUGGGCAAGAUGGGUGAGAUGGGCGGGAUGGGUGAGAUGGGCGGGAUGGGUGAGAUGGGCGGGAUGGGUGAGAUGGGCGGGAUGGGUGAGAUGGGCAGGAUGGGUGAGAUGGGCGGGAUGGGUGAGAUGGGCAAGAUGGGUGAGAUGGGCGGGAUGGGUGAGAUGGGCAAGAUGGGUGAGAUGGGCGGGAUGGGUGAGUUGGGCGGGAUGGGUGAGAUGGGCAAGAUGGGUGAGAUGGGCGGGAUGGGUGAGAUGGGCGGGAUGGGUGAGAUGGGCGGGAUGGGUGAGAUGGGCGGGAUGGGUGAGAUGGGCGGGAUGGGUGAGAUGGGCAAGAUGGGUGAGAUGGGCAGGAUGGGUGAGAUGGGCGGGAUGGGUGAGAUGGGCAAGAUGGGUGAGAUGGGCGGGAUGGGUGAGAUGGGCAAGAUGGGUGAGAUGGGCGGGAUGGGUGAGAUGGGCGGGAUGGGUGAGAUGGGCGGGAUGGGUGAGAUGGGCAAGAUGGGUGAGAUGGGCAGGAUGGGUGAGAUGGGCGGGAUGGGUGAGAUGGGCAAGAUGGGUGAGAUGGGCGGGAUGGGUGAGAUGGGCAGGAUGGGUGAGAUGGGCGGGAUGGGUGAGAUGGGCAAGAUGGGUGAGAUGGGCGGGAUGGGUGAGAUGGGCGGGAUGGGUGAGAUGGGCGGGAUGGGUGAGAUGGGCGGGAUGGGUGAGAUGGGCAAGAUGGGUGAGAUGGGCAGGAUGGGUGAGAUGGGCGGGAUGGGUGAGAUGGGCAAGAUGGGUGAGAUGGGCGGGAUGGGUGAGAUGGGCAGGAUGGGUGAGAUGGGCGGGAUGGGUGAGAUGGGCAAGAUGGGUGAGAUGGGCGGGAUGGGUGAGAUGGGCGGGAUGGGUGAGAUGGGCAAGAUGGGUGAGAUGGGCGGGAUGGGUGAGAUGGGCGGGAUGUGUGAGAUGGGCGGGAUGGGUGAGAUGGGCGGGAUGGGUGAGAUGGGCAAGAUGGGUGAGAUGGGCAGGAUGGGUGAGAUGGGCGGGAUGGGUGAGAUGGGCAAGAUGGGUGAGAUGGGCGGGAUGGGUGAGAUGGGCGGGAUGGGUGAGAUGGGCAAGAUGGGUGAGAUGGGCGGGAUGGGUGAGAUGGGCGGGAUGGGUGAGAUGGGCAAGAUGGGUGAGAUGGGCGGGAUGGGUGAGAUGGGCGGGAUGGGUGAGAUGGGCGGGAUGGGUGAGAUGGGCGGGAUGGGUGAGAUGGGCGGGAUGGGUGAGCUGGGCAAGAUGGGUGAGCUGGGCGGGAUGGGUGAGAUGGGCGGGAUGGGUGAGAUGGGCAAGAUGGGUGAGAUGGGCGGGAUGGGUGAGAUGGGCAGGAUGGGUGAGAUGGGCGGGAUGGGUGAGAUGGGCGGGAUGGGUGAGAUGGGCAAGAUGGGUGAGAUGGGCAGGAUGGGUGAGAUGGGCGGGAUGGGUGAGAUGGGCAAGAUGGGUGAGAUGGGCGGGAUGGGUGAGAUGGGCAGGAUGGGUGAGAUGGGCGGGAUGGGUGAGAUGGGCGGGAUGGGUGAGAUGGGCGGGAUGGGUGAGAUGGGCGGGAUGGGUGAGAUGGGCAAGAUGGGUGAGAUGGGCGGGAUGGGUGAGAUGGGCGGGAUGGGUGAGAUGGGCGGGAUGGGUGAGAUGGGCGGGAUGGGUGAGAUGGGCAGGAUGGGUGAGAUGGGCGGGAUGGGUGAGAUGGGCAAGAUGGGUGAGAUGGGUGGGAUGGGUGAGAUGGGCAAGAUGGGUGAGAUGGGCGGGAUGGGUGAGAUGGGCGGGAUGGGUGAGAUGGGCAAGAUGGGUGAGAUGGGCGGGAUGGGUGAGAUGGGCGGGAUGGGUGAGAUGGGCGGGAUGGGUGAGAUGGGCGGGAUGGGUGAGAUGGGCGGGAUGGGUGAGAUGGGCAGGAUGGGUGAGAUGGGCGGGAUGGGUGAGAUGGGCGGGAUGGGUGAGAUGGGCAAGAUGGGUGAGAUGGGCAGGAUGGGUGAGAUGGGCGGGAUGGGUGAGAUGGGCAAGAUGGGUGAGAUGGGCGGGAUGGGUGAGAUGGGCAAGAUGGGUGAGAUGGGCGGAAUGGGUGAGAUGGGCAAGAUGGGUGAGAUGGGCAAGAUGGGUGAGAUGGGCAGGAUGGGUGAGAUGGGCGGGAUGGGUGAGAUGGGCAAGAUGGGUGAGAUGGGCGGGAUGGGUGAGAUGGGCAAGAUGGGUGAGAUGGGCAGGAUGGGUGAGAUGGGCGGGAUGGGUGAGAUGGGCAAGAUGGGUUAG